UAGAAAAUGGCGCUGUAAUCGUGGACGAUUAUUCACAUCAAGUUACUAUUCUACGUAUUACGAGUAUAUUUUAUGGAGCAAUGUGGUUUGGUGAAAGAUUCGAAGUUUAAACUGUUGUACUCACGUGUGUAAACGAUUACCAUGGCGACUGUAGCAGCAACAAAAGUCCAAGAAGUUCGUGAGAUCACAAGGAUUGAGCGUAUUGGUGCUCAUUCUCAUAUUAGAGGUUUAGGAUUAGAUGAUAGUUUGGAACCUCGCCAUGUAUCUCAAGGUAUGGUUGGCCAACUUAUGGCCCGUCGAGCUGCUGGUGUUGUCUUGGAGAUGAUAAAAGAUGGAAAAAUAGCAGGACGUGCUGUUUUAUUGGCAGGUCAACCUGGCACUGGUAAGACUGCCAUUGCCAUGGGAUUAGCUCAAGCUUUAGGAAUCGAUACUCCAUUCACAUCGAUGGCAGGAUCUGAAAUUUAUUCUUUGGAGAUGAGCAAAACAGAAGCGUUGACUCAAGCUAUAAGAAAAUCAAUAGGAGUUAGAAUUAAAGAAGAAACUGAAAUAAUAGAAGGCGAAGUAGUAGAAAUUCAAGUCGACAGACCUGCUACAGGAGUUGGUGCAAAAGUUGGAAAAUUAACGUUAAAAACAACAGAAAUGGAAACAAUUUAUGAUUUAGGGAAUAAAAUGAUUGAUAGUUUAAUGAAAGAAAAGGUGCAAGCUGGUGACGUUAUCACGAUUGAUAAAGCAACUGGAAAAAUUAAUAAAUUAGGACGUUCAUUUACAAGAGCUCGGGAUUAUGAUGCAACAGGAUCACAAACGAGAUUUGUACAGUGUCCAGAGGGCGAAUUACAAAAACGAAAAGAAGUAGUUCAUACUGUCACUUUGCAUGAGGUUGAUGUUAUAAAUAGUAGAACUCAUGGUUUCUUAGCAUUAUUUUCCGGUGAUACUGGUGAAAUUAAAUCGGAAGUAAGAGAUCAAAUAAAUGCUAAAGUAGCCGAAUGGCGUGAAGAAGGAAAAGCAGAAAUAGUACCAGGAGUAUUAUUUAUUGAUGAAGUCCAUAUGUUAGAUAUUGAAUGUUUUUCAUUUUUAAAUCGUGCAUUAGAAAACGAAAUGGCACCGGUUGUUAUUAUGGCAACAAACAGAGGAAUUACAAGAAUCAGGGGAACUAAUUAUAAAAGUCCACAUGGUAUUCCCAUUGAUUUACUCGAUCGUAUGAUCAUUGUUCCUACAACUCCGUAUCAAGAAAAAGAAUUGAAAGAAAUUUUAAAAAUAAGAUGCGAGGAAGAAGAUUGUGAAAUGGCAGAUGAUGCAUUGACUGUUCUUACGAGAAUUGCUUUGGAAACGUCUUUGAGAUAUGCUAUUCAAUUAAUCACAACUGCAUCUCUUGUCAGUCGACGUAGAAAAAGUACAGAAGUGAGUAUAGAUGACGUGAAACGUGUUUAUUCUCUAUUUCUCGAUGAAAAUAGAUCGACACAAUUUCUUAAGGAAUAUCAGGAUGAUUUUAUGUUCAAUGAAUUACCUGAAGAACCUAUGGAAAUUUCGUAACAGUACGUAUUUUAAUUAAAUUUCCUUAUCGUUUAUAUAUAAAUUAAGAAUUUUUAAUUUUUAAAUACAGUAUAUUGUUCGUAUCACAUAAAUAUUUAUGGAUUAUGAUAAAUAUGAUUUUCACGAUGCAAAGUAUUUUAUAUUAAGCUAUCUCAAAUCCUGUUUUUUUUUUCUUUUUUUGAUUUUCUUGCGAUAUUAUUUUGAAUAUAAUUAACAAGUAUUAUAUAUAACAACUUUUCAUAUAUAGUUUCUAAAUUAGAUAGAAACACGCAUUACUAGUAUAUACCUUUUACAUCCUUAUACAAACUUGCAUAUAUGUAUGUGUGCAAAAUUUAAUUGAUUGGACAUAUGAAAUAUUUAAAAUCAUAUUUACAAGGAUGUAAAAGGGACAACAUGCUUUUGUACAUUCUCUGUUCGAUAAAUAAAUCUAAAAAUCAUUAACAAA